CCCACACAUAACAUAGACUUCAAAAACAAAAACAAAAAAUAGAGAAUGGCACUAAACGAAUAUACUCAUGAGUUUGACGUGAAGUCUCAGGCGGACGACCUGUUUAAAGAUUUCAUGAAAGAAUUAGAAGACAAUGAUGAGGUGGGUAUCGAGGCUGAGGAUUGGGAGAAAAGAGUAAUUACGAGAAAUGUGAUCAGCACUGAUUUUUUGAGGAAGUACAACUACAAGACGUACAAAGUAACCGCCACCAUUACUCCUAGGGGUGACGGUGAUGGUAGCCGUGUGAAAUGGACCGUCAAGCUCGAGAUGAUUCCCGGAGAGAUCCACGUCGGCCCACACAUCAAUUCUCCAACAUAAAUUCAAGAACUAUUGAGUUUUAUCGUAAGUCUCCGGCAGAAGAAUUGUUUAAAGCUCUCAUGGACCGUAGUGUUUGAAAAGAUAUCUGAUGACAUCGACGACCCAUAUCUAGCCAUCAACACAGCUGCUUAUUUCGUUAGGAUGAUCGAUGCCAAAAUCCUUAAAUAAAUAUGUCCUAACUUGCAAGGUUCGUCUACAUUGCAAAACGUCGUCUAAAUAAACUGGCAUACAUAUCUAUAUAUUUAUUGCAAAUUUGCAAUAAACGUUUGGUAUUUUGGGGAUGUAUGGACUCGAUCGUAUAGCUAUAUUAUAAUGAAUAUCUAUUGGCAUAUUAUUGUUGGACCGGAUGCAUGAUUAUAAUUUUCCCCAACUGGGUGAGCUAAUUGGCGGCUUAUGCAACUUGUUUGCUUAAUAAAGAUAU